UCCGUAUCAUGCCACGUGUGAUGUGUUCUUUCCUGCGACGUCGUUUCGACGUUUGCAGCGAGUUAUUUUCUCUUCUCUCUCGUUCUAUUUCUUCUUCUUCUACGCUUAAUCUGAAUUUUUCUGAUGUUGUUUUCUUCAGUGACCAACACUACCAUCAUUGUUCUACGUCACUGCACUCUCCUUCCUCCACGUGUCUCUCUUCUCUUUCCAUCUCUCAGAUUCUUUGCUUCAAUUCCACCAUCAAUGGACAACAAUAGUAACACCUCGUACGCUCGCACCACUCCAAGUUCUGGCAAUGGCAGAGGAAGAGCUUUUGAUACAAGAAAUGAUAGAGAAAGAACUAGAGGGCGUGGUGGUGGUGGUGGGAGUGGGCCGAGUGGCUCGGGAAAGGAUAAAAUUGAUUCUCUUGGUAGGCUCUUGACGCGAAUUUUACGUCAUAUGGCAUCUGAAUUGAAAUUAAAUAUGAGAAGUGAUGGUUUUGUGAAAGUUAAUGAUUUGCUAAAGCUGAAUUUGAAGACAUUUGCUAAUAUUCCUCUACGAUCCCACACUAUUGAUGACAUUAGGGAGGCUGUUCGAAAAGAUAAUAAGCAACGUUUCAGCCUCAUAGAAGAGAAUGGGGAGCUACUAAUACGUGCAAACCAAGGCCACACAACAACGGCUGUUGAAACUGAAAGCUUAUUGAAACCAAUUCUUUCUGCUGAAGAAUUUCCAGUUUGUGUGCAUGGAACGUAUAGGCGGAACUUAGACUCAAUUCUAACGUCUGGUCUGAAACGCAUGAAGAGAUUGCAUGUUCAUUUCUCCUGUGGUUUACCAACAGAUGGAGAAGUAAUAAGUGGUAUGAGGCGAGACGUCAAUGUUCUGAUCUUUCUCGAUGUUAGAAAAGCAUUGGAGGGUAUGAAGCUAUACAUUUCUGACAACAAGGUGAUCUUGACGGAAGGUUUUGAUGGCGUUGUUCCUUCCAAGUAUUUUCAGAAGAUAGAAUCAUGGCCUGGAAGACAGCCUAUUCCUUUUUAAAAUCUAUGGCAUUUUUUGGUUUUAUUUAUGUAAGGAUCGGAUCAUAAGUGGAGAAUUACUAAAUGAUUGUGUAUAUCUAUAAUCUUUUGCAAAAUUAUCAAACUUCAAUUCAAGUUAUUAUUUGAUUACACUGA